CGGCGCGGAGCGGAGCGGAGCGGGCGGCGCUGGCUGCGGACCCGGCGGCGCCCAGACAGCACCUACCUGUGGCAUGGGAGAGGAUCUUCUUGCACAAGAGCCGAAAAGCAUUUAAAAUUUGCAGAAUGAAAAGAUGGCGCAGGCAAUGCUGUUACCACCAGGACCUGACAGCUUCUUCUAUUUCACCAAAGAAUCUCUUGCAGCUAUUGAAAAACGUAUUGCUGAUGAAAAAUUUCACUGUGACCAAGAUGAGCCUACAGAUGAUGCUGGUCAUGAACAAAAUCACACAAAGCCAAAUAAUGACUUAGAGGCAGGAAAGACACUGCCAUUUAUUUAUGGUGAUAUUCCUCCAGGAAUGGUGUCUGAACCCCUGGAGGACCUGGACCCAUAUUACAUGAAUAAAAAAACAUUUAUAGUACUGGAUAAAGGGAAGACAAUCCACAGGUUCAGUGCCACACCUGCCUUGUACCUUUUAUCUCCUUUCAAUAUUACUAGAAGACUAGCUAUUAAGAUUUUGGUUCAUUCAUUGUUCAACAAGGUCAUUAUGCUCACUAUUUUGACAAACUGUGUAUUUAUGACAUGGAGGAAUCUUCCAGAAUGGGCAAAGGAUGUAGAGUACACUUUCACUGGGAUUUACACUUUUGAAUUUCUAGUUAAAGUCCUUGCAAGAGGCUUCUGUAUAAAUGAUUUUACUUGCCUUCGUGACCCCUGGAACUGGCUUGAUUUUAUUGUCAUUUCCUUUGCGUAUAUAACAGAAUUUGUAAACCUAGGCAAUCUUUCAGCUCUUCGAACUUUCAGAGUAUUGAGAGCUUUGAAAACUAUUUCUGUAAUUCCAGGCUUGAAAACUAUUGUUGGAGCCUUAAUUCAGUCUGUGAAGAAGCUCUCGGAUGUGAUGAUCCUGACUGUAUUUUGCCUGAGUGUGUUUGCACUGAUAGGACUGCAGCUGUUCAUGGGCAAUUUGAAGAAUAAAUGCUUGCUCUGGCCAUCAAAAAAUUCAACAGCUUUUGAAAAAUAUGUAGCUCCAUACUUUAAUGGUACAGAAUUUGACUGGGCAGCAUACAUUAACAAUGAAAGUCAUUUCUAUCGCCUAGAAGGAGCAAAGGAUUUUCUGCUUUGUGGCAAUAGCUCAGAUGCAGGUAAAUGUCCAGAAGAGUUUAUCUGUGUGAAAGCUGGUAGAAACCCCAACUAUGGAUACACUAGCUUUGACACAUUCAGCUGGGCUUUCUUGUCACUGUUUCGACUGAUGACGCAGGACUAUUGGGAAAAUCUUUAUCAGUUGACUCUAAGAGCUGUUGGCAAAUCAUACAUGAUAUUUUUUGUUGUGGUGAUUUUUCUGGGUUCCUUCUAUUUGAUCAACUUGAUUUUGGCUGUGGUUGCCAUGGCCUAUGAAGAACAAAAUCAAGCAACUAUUGUUGAAGCAGAGCAGAGGGAGGCAGACUUUAAGCUGAAGCUUGAACAACUGCGGAAACAGCAAGAGGAAGCUCAGGCAAUAGCAGCAGCUGCAGCAGACCUGACUGAGUACAGCUGUGAAAGUGGGAUUGCUGCACCCUCAGAUAGUUCUUCAAAUGCAUCCAAGCUUAGCUCAAAAAGUGCCAAAGAAAGAAGAAAUAGAAGGAAGAAAAGAAGGCAGAGAGAGCUCUCUGGAGAAGAGGAUGACAUGAAGGAUGAAAAGCUUCCAAAAUCUGAAUCAGAUGGCAGUAUCAAAAGGAAAGGUUUCCGUUUUUCUUUUGAUGGGAACAGACUAACUUAUGGGAAGCCGUUUACAUCACCCCACCAGUCUUUGCUGAGUGUUCAUGGCUCCCUGUUUUCUCCCAGGCCUAGUAGCAGAACAAGUCUUUUCAGUUUUAGAGACUACAGAAGAGAGAGAGGAUCUGAAAAUGACUUUGCUGAUGAUGAGCACAGCACAUUUGAGGAUAAUUCGAGCAGAAGAGGUUCUCUGUUUUUGCCGCGCAGACACGGUGAACGGCGCAGCAGUAACAUUAGCCAGGCCAGUAGGUCAUCCAGAAGGCUGACAGUCCUCCCAGUAAAUGGGAAGAUGCACAGCACUGUGGAUUGCAAUGGAGUGGUUUCCUUAGUGGAUGGACCGCCAGGUCUGUUGUCUCCUACUGGUCAACUUCUGCCAGAGGUGAUAAUAGAUAAACCAACAACUGAUGGCAAUAGAACUACCACAGAAAUAGAAUUAAAAAACAGACGUUCAAGUUCGUAUCAAAUAUCAAUGGAGUUGCUGGAGGAUCCCAAUUUAAGGGAAAGGGCCAUGAGUCUAGCUGAUGUUAUCACAAAUAGAAUGGAAGAACUUGCAGGAUCCAGACAAAAAUGUCCACCACGCUGGGAUAAGUUUGCCCGCACUUUCUUAAUUUGGGAGUGUUGUGAGCCCUGGUUAAAAGUAAAGAGUGUAGUUGAAUUUAUUGUAAUGGAUCCAUUUGUUGAUCUGGCUGUCACUGUUUGCAUAGUUUUAAACACACUAUUUAUGGCCAUGGAACAUUAUCCAAUGACUGAACAUUUUGACACUGUACUUAAAAUAGGAAAUCUGGUUUUUACUGGAAUUUUUGCAGCAGAAAUGGUUCUCAAGAUAAUUGCCAUGCAUCCUUUUUAUUAUUUCCAAGUUGGCUGGAAUAUUUUUGAUAGUUUUAUAGUUACUCUUAGUUUGGUGGAGCUUUUUUUGUCAAACGUGGAUGGAUUAUCUGUUCUCCGAUCAUUCAGAUUGUUGCGAGUUUUCAAGCUGGCAAAAUCUUGGCCAACUCUAAAUAUGCUGAUUAAAAUUAUUGGCAACUCUGUGGGAGCUCUGGGGAAUCUGACCCUGGUGCUGGCCAUCAUUGUGUUCAUUUUCGCUGUGGUUGGGAUGCAGCUGUUUGGCAAAAGCUACAAGGAAUGUGUCUGCAAGAUCUCCAGUGACUGUGAACUUCCUCGCUGGCAUAUGCACGACUUUUUCCACUCUUUCCUGAUUGUAUUCCGAGUGCUGUGUGGAGAAUGGAUAGAAACGAUGUGGGACUGCAUGGAGGUUGCUGGCCAAGCCAUGUGCCUUACAGUCUUCAUGAUGGUCAUGGUGAUUGGAAAUCUAGUGGUAUUGAAUCUUUUUCUGGCCUUGCUGCUGAGUUCAUUUAGUUCAGACAACCUUGCUGCUACAGAGGAUGAUAAUGAAAUGAACAACUUGCAGAUUGCUGUUGCAAGAAUUCAGAAAGGGAUAGAUUAUGUGAAGAAAAAAGCAGGUGAAUGUGUCCGAAAGUCUUGUUUGGGAAAACAAGCUGCUGUAAAUCAAAGAACAGCAACAGAUCAGUUGAAUGAUGAGAGAAACCAUUGCACUUCCAACUGUACCAUCACUGAACUAAGGAUAAAUACGAAUUAUGGCAAAAAUGCGAAUGGAAUGGCCACUGUUAUAGGUGGCAAUGAUUAUACAUCAUUCAUAAACAACCCAAGUCUUACUGUUACAGUACCAAUAGCUGUUGGAGAGUCUGAUUUUGAACAUCUGAAUACAGAAGAAUUUAGCAGUGACUCAGAUUUGGAGGAAAGCAAGGAGAAGUUAGAUUUUUCCAGCUCAUCAGAAGGAAGUACAGUUAAUUUAGCUGUCUUUGGAGAAGAAAAAAGUGAAUCUGAACCAGAAAAAGGAUCAGAACUACAGGCAUGCUUUACAGAAGGUUGUGUACAGAAGUUUAAAUGCUGUAAAGGCAGUAGGGAGAGCACAAAAGGAAGAAUCUGGUGGAACCUUCGAAAAACCUGUUACAAGAUAGUAGAGCACAACUGGUUUGAAUCAUUUAUUGUCUUCAUGAUUCUUCUCAGCAGUGGUGCUCUGGCUUUUGAAGAUAUACAUAUUGAACAGCACAAGACUAUAAAAAUUCUGCUGGACUAUGCUGAUAAAAUCUUUACUUAUGUCUUUAUUCUGGAAAUGGUGCUAAAAUGGGUGGCCUACGGUUUUCAGACUUACUUCACUAAUGCUUGGUGCUGGCUGGACUUCCUGAUUGUUGAUGUCUCGUUGGUUAGCUUAGUAGCUAAUGCCCUUGGUUUCUCAGAACUUGGUGCAAUUAAAUCCCUCCGAACAUUGAGAGCUUUGAGACCUCUAAGAGCUUUGUCACGUUUUGAAGGCAUGAGGGUGGUUGUGAAUGCUCUUACUGGAGCGAUCCCAUCCAUUAUGAACGUACUUCUGGUUUGUCUUACAUUCUGGCUAAUUUUCAGCAUUAUGGGAGUGAAUUUGUUUGCUGGCAAGUUCUAUUACUGUGUUAACACCACAAAUAAUGAGAGGUUCACACCACAGGAAGUCAGUAAUAAAAGUAUGUGUGAAAAUAUGAACAGGACUUCUGGAGGCGUUCGGUGGAAAAAUGUGAAAGUAAACUUUGAUAAUGUUGCAGUCGGUUAUCUUUCUCUGCUUCAAGUGGCAACAUUUAAAGGAUGGACGGACAUUAUGUACGCUGCGGUUGAUUCUACAGAAGCAGAGAAACAACCCAAGUAUGAAGACAACCUAUACAUGUACCUGUACUUUGUUGCCUUUAUCGUCUUUGGAUCGUUUUUCACCCUAAACUUGUUCAUUGGUGUCAUCAUAGAUAACUUCAACCAACAAAAAAAGAAGCUUGGAGGUCAAGACAUUUUCAUGACAGAGGAACAAAAGAAAUACUACAAUGCAAUGAAGAAGCUUGGAUCCAAGAAACCACAAAAACCUAUACCUCGACCAGUGAACAAAUUGCAAGGUCUGGUGUUUGAUAUUGUAACACGGCAACUAUUUGACAUCACUGUUAUGGUUCUAAUCUGUCUUAACAUGGUCACAAUGAUGAUAGAAACAGAUGACCAGACUGAACUGAUGCAAAAUAUUUUAUACUGGAUUAACUUGGUCUUUGUUGUCCUUUUCACUUGUGAAUGUGUCUUCAAAAUAUUUUCACUCCGUUAUUAUUACUUCACCAUUGGCUGGAAUAUUUUUGAUUUUGUGGUUGUUAUUCUUUCAAUAAUAGGUAUGUUUCUAGCUGAGGUGAUUGAAAAGUACUUUGUGUCACCCACUUUGUUCAGAGUCGUGCGACUUGCCAGAAUCGGUCGAAUCCUGCGCCUCAUUAAGGGCGCUAAGGGAAUCCGCACUCUGCUUUUUGCUCUGAUGAUGUCUCUUCCUGCUUUGUUCAACAUUGGGCUGCUGCUCUUCCUGGUCAUGUUCAUCUAUGCCAUAUUUGGCAUGUCCAACUUUGCCUAUGUCAAGAAGGAAGGUGGGAUUGAUGACAUGUUCAACUUUGAAACGUUUGGCAACAGCAUGAUCUGCCUGUUUCAGAUCACCACAUCCGCGGGCUGGGAUGGUUUGCUCGCCCCAAUUCUUAACAGUGGGGUGCCAGACUGUGACCCCCAUAAAGAUCAUCCAGGGAGUUCUGUGAAAGGUGACUGUGGCAACCCUUCUGUUGGGAUUUUCUUCUUUGUCAGCUACAUUAUCAUAUCCUUUCUGGUAGUGGUGAACAUGUACAUCGCUGUGAUUUUGGAGAACUUCAGUGUUGCUACUGAAGAAAGCGCUGAACCCUUGGGCGAGGAUGACUUUGAGAUGUUCUAUGAGGUUUGGGAAAAAUAUGAUCCCGAUGCAACACAAUUCAUAGAAUAUAGCAAACUGUCUGAUUUUGCAGCUUCUCUAGAUCCUCCUCUUAAUAUACCAAAACCAAACACAAUUCAUCUUAUUGCAAUGGAUCUGCCUGUGGUAAGCGGUGACAGAAUUCACUGCCUUGACAUCUUGUUUGCUUUCACAAAGCGUGUAUUGGGGGAAAGUGGGGAGAUGGACACCCUCAGAAUACAGAUGGAAGAUCGGUUUAUGGCAGCCAAUCCUUCUAAAGUCUCCUAUGAACCAAUUACAACUACAUUGAAACGAAAACAGGAGGAGGUGUCUGCUGUCAUCAUUCAGCGUGCUUACAGACGUCACCUUUUAAGACAGUCAGUAAAGAAGCUUUCAUUUAUGUACCAGAAAGAUGGGGGUGAUCCGCUUAUCAAAAAAGAUAUGAUUGUUGUUAAGCUAAGUGAAAACUCACCUCCAGAGAAAAUGGAUAUGUCUGUGUCCACCACAGCUCCACCUUCUUAUGAUAGUGUAACAAAACCAGAAAAAGAAAAAUAUGAAGAUGACAAAUCAGAAAAGGAAGACAAAGGAAAAGACAGAAGAGGAAACAAAAAGUAAAAGGCACAGGUUAUCCAUGAUGAAUGUUCGCAGGCUUGAAAAGAUGAUGUUUUUUUCAAUAGCACUCUUACUGGAGGAUUUUGCCAAAAUUAUAAGUUUUUACCUGUUUACCCACUGCUGCAGUCUUGGACUGCCUGUCCAAGACAAUGGUCCUUCACUAGUAUACUCUUGAUCUGUAACAGGGAAAAAAAACUUGCAGAACAAUAGUUUUGAUUAUCAGCUGUUACUAAUUGAGAGGAGACAGAAAAUUUCUACUUGGACUAUAGGAACCCUUAAUGGGUCCUAAUAAGCCUGUAUUUUUGUGGAAUAAGUGUAUCCACUGUGUACAUUUCAUCUCCUGUGUUUCUUGUGUGUCUGUUCUUGUUCAUGAUCUUAUUUGCUUUAAUGACAUACUGCUUUAUUAAUUCUGCUGUGCUGAGAGAAAAAAUCUAAAUACUCUUUAUUCAGAUAAACAUUAAAUACUAGAUAAUACUCUUAUGUGCAGAGGAACACAAAUGUCAGGAAUACAUAAUUAUGGCAUCAUUUUAUGAACAUAGUUUUCUUCAAGCCACUUCUAAAUGCAAAAAAACCAAGAUUCCAGAUUAUCGAACCUCUGGAUCUAGAUCAAAGUAGGAGCAAACUAUAAAAAAACCAACAGAGUCCAGAUAGAGAAUUUAUCAGUAAAUCAAACAAGGGAAUAAUUGUCACAGAACAGAGAUUGGUAGCUUAGUCUUUUAAGUUUAAUAUAUUUAUUUUUAAUGUCUUUUACUACUUCUUUAUUUAUUGUACUGUCCAUUUCAAGUACAGUGGUUUAAAUAAAUGAUUCUACACAGAGCUCCUGUUCUGAAAAUUGUGAAGCUAUAAAAAAAAUUACUUUUAGAAUACAAGAUAUCUCAUAAUUCCUGAAACAUUCCAACAAUUCUUUACACAGAAAAGCUACAAAUGCCAAAUUCUGCCUAUGGGAAAUUAUAAUUUUUUUUUUUUUAAAGUGGUAUGUUUUGACCCUGUAAUAUCAUGAGUAGCUUCCAUACUUUAUUCCAAAGUCUGUUGUUACACUUCUUAUUUCUCAUGAGUGUAUCCCACUUAGGAAAAUAAUCAAAGCUAUGAGUAUAAGUUGAUAGCAGAUUACCUUUGGGUACAAAUACUACCUUAAUGUAUACGUCAGAUUUAAAUUUCCCUGCUUAGGAAGGAUGGAUCAUGCCAGAAACAAAAAAUAUGUACUUCAGAGAGGUGAUUUUGACACCCCCAUGGCACUUUAGUCAGGCUUCCACUGUAACGUAACCUUCCGUAGAGAGCUGAGAUGACCAAAAAGAUGUACUCCAAUCAGCUUUGUCCUGCACUGGGGUUUAUAUGACUUUUUUCACAUUCAGGCUGACACUAUAUAUGUAAGUAAAAUACCCUCUGUUAUUUAAUCAGUUGUUUUACACAGUGGUACUUUUUUGAACAAAGAGACAAUGACCUAAUUACCGUAUAUGUGUCAAAUGUGUACCCUAGCAAGUUAGCUUACAACAUUUCAAUAGAUAUUGUAGUAUAUUCUGUGGUACUCCAAAUAAUUGGAAGCUCUAACUAAUGCAUGCUUGCUGCUAUUAUCCUACAGCUAUUAAAGUUUAACAUGGGAAGAGAUGUGAGUGGUAAAAAGAAAAAAACUGUUUGACAAGACCAUCAUUCCUCCUACCAGUAAGCAAUAGUUUGCUGCUAUUAAAGAUUUUAUUUUGUUUGAGUGUUGUAAUCAGCAAAUACGCAGUAAGUUAUUGGACUAUACAGGACAAAUAGAUGGCUUAAAAUAUGGGGCUAAAAAAAAAUUAUAUGUCUAUUCUUUUUAUUUUUAAAAUAGUUUUAUUUUGUAACAUUUUAUACUUACUAUAAGAAAUUACACUUAUUUUCCUGUUGCUAUUAAUUUUUAUUGCCGUCUGUCUUUGACACUUUAUGGUUUGGAAACCCAGGAUACAAAAUGUAAUUGAAAACUUCUGCUAAUUACUUUAAACAGCUUUUAAUAAGGAAUAAUUUAAAAACAAAUGGACAGUACCAAUUUUUUUUUUCUGAUCCAUAGGUAGGUCUUUUUACGUGAAACAAGAUAGAAGGCUUUUUUUUUUUUUUUUUAGUUAAAAUCCUGUCUGUUGAUUUUCAGGGUAAUCUUAGUCAUAGGAACAUUGCUUUUUCCCCAGAGAUAGUCUCACACUGUCCACUUUGCUUAUUGGUACACAUUGCAGUCGAAACACUUUAAAUAUAAUUUGUUCCUCAAAAAUCUUCCUUCAUGAGGAUGAAUAGUGAACUUGUGCAAUGGGCAGUGAAACAUUUUGCAUUUCUUACAAAAGAACUAGAAUAUAGUUGGGCUCCUGCUUUUAUAGAAAUUAUUGCCUCAUAUUGUACUGAUGAACUGCAUGCAGGAAGUUGUUUUACCAAAACUAACUAACUACAUUGCGAACAACCCAAAAGAAUAAAGAUAACCUUUUUAUGUAAA